AACCCUACAAAGAGGAACUCAAAUCUCAGACAAAACAGAGCGCUGCUUCCUUGUCCUAAACCACCUUUCUCUCCAAAAAAAAAUGAGGCCUUUAGACGAGAACGAGACGACCGUCGUCUUCGAGAAGAUCUUCAAAUUCGUGGGCAACAACCUCAAGAACAUCGUCGAGAACCCCUCCCACGAAGGACCCGAAUCAGAGCCCGGCCGCUACUGCUUCCGCCUCCAGAAGAACAGAGUCUACUACGCGAGCGAGUCCCUCGUGAAGCGAGCCACGAACAUCUCCCGCAAAAACCUGGUCUCCCUCGGGACCUGCAUCGGGAAGUACACCCACGCGGGGAGCUUCCACCUGACGAUCAUGUCGCUCAACCUCUUGGCGGCGAACGCGAAGCACAAGGUGUGGCUGAAACCCACCUCGGAGAUGUCGUUUCUCUACGGGAACCACGUGUUGAAAGGAGGGCUAGGGAGGAUUACUGAUAGCAUUGUCCCCGGAGAUGGGGUUGUCGUGUUCUCCAUGUCUGAUGUUCCGUUGGGAUUUGGGAUUGCGGCGAAGAGUACGCAGGAUUGUCGGAAGUUGGAUCCGAAUGGUAUCGUUGUGCUUCAUCAGGCUGAUAUUGGAGAGUAUUUGAGGGAUGAAGACGAGCUUUGAAAAUGGUUGAAAGGUUUUUGUCUUUUCGAGGAGGAUCUUAGCUUUGGUUCUGCUUUGUUGUUUUAAUUUUCUUUUUUGGAGGUUUUGAGAUAUGUAACUGUUGCAAAAGUUGUGGUGGAUUUAUGAAAGUCUCGUUUUUUAUGAA